CGUUCCCGUGACUCUCGCCAUAGAAAACAAAGCUGAGCGUCUUCCAUAACAGCUAGGGGUGCAGACUGGAGGAAUAUCCGAAUUUAUUCUGGACACAUCGCGCUGAAUAUGGAUUUACAGUGGGUGUAGCAUCGUUGGAGACCGAGCCUUCUUGGCUGGGGUGACGGCAGGACAUUAGCGAAACUGACGAAAAUAACAUCAGUGUGUUUUUUUUCUCGGGGUGCUUUGUCUUGUCCACCUAUAACGAUAGCAAACCAUCAUUCCCGUUUCAAUUGCAAGAUAUUCAGCUGGUGACUACUAGCUGCCGCCGGGAUGUAUCAUCAUGUUGUCACCUAAAAGUAACUGGUAGGACGUUGGAUUGUGAAGGAUAAGCAGAAAACCUCACCGAGGUCCCAUCGGGUUGUCACCGGGACCUGAAUCUGUGUUAGCCACAGUUACCCACUGUGUUCUCGGCGAUAUGGCGGAGCAGGGCUACUCAUCUUGGGCGUACUCCCUAGUUGACUCCAGCCAGGUGUCCACCUUCCUCAUCUCCAUCCUUCUCAUCGUCUAUGGCAGCUUCAGGUCAUUAAACAUGGAUUGUGAGAACCAGGAGAAGGAUAAGGACGGUAAUCCUACAACAACGGGGGCUUUCAAUAACAGCAACACAAACAACAGUGAGUGUAUUCAGACUAUAGACUCCACACAGGCUCUCUUCCUGCCCAUAGGAGCCUCAGUGUCUCUGCUAGUCAUGUUCUUCUUCUUUGACUCAGUACAAGUGGUCUUUACCAUCUGCACUGCAGUUCUUGCAACAAUUGCAUUUGCAUUCCUCUUGUUGCCAAUGUGCCAGUAUCUGACCAGACCCUGCUCCCCACAGAACAAGAUUUCCUUUGGCUGCUGUGGGCGUUUCACUCUGGCUGAGCUCCUGUCCUUCUCCCUCUCGGUUAUGUUGGUGCUCAUCUGGGUGCUGACUGGACACUGGCUUCUCAUGGACGCUUUGGCCAUGGGCUUGUGUGUCGCCAUGAUAGCCUUCGUGCGGCUUCCCAGUCUGAAGGUGUCUUGCCUGCUGCUGUCAGGACUGCUCAUUUAUGAUGUGUUCUGGGUGUUCUUCUCAGCCUACAUCUUCAAUAGUAAUGUGAUGGUCAAAGUUGCCACCCAACCUGCUGAAAACCCCAUAGAUGUUCUGUCCAGGAAGCUCCACUUGGGGCCAGGGAUGGGCCGUGAUGUUCCCCGUCUCUCCUUACCCGGCAAACUGGUGUUUCCCAGCUCCACAGGAAGUCACUUCUCAAUGCUGGGAAUAGGAGACAUUGUGAUGCCGGGGCUGCUGUUGUGCUUCGUCCUGCGCUACGACAACUACAAGAAGCAAGCAAAUGGGGAAGUCCCGUUGUCCGGACGCAUGCAGCGCGUCUCCUAUUUCCACUGCACUCUCAUCGGAUACUUUGUGGGUCUGCUGACUGCCACUGUGGCCUCCAGGAUCCAUCGUGCUGCUCAGCCCGCUCUGCUCUACCUGGUGCCCUUCACCCUGCUGCCUCUGCUCACUAUGGCCUACCUGAAGGGGGAUUUGCGGCGCAUGUGGUCCGAGCCCUUCCACACCAAGACCAGCAGCUCCCGCUUCCUGGAGGUAUGAUGCACCCUGGGAUAACCGACCAGCGUGGGGAGGACUGCGGAUCCUUUACCUUAAUUAGAGGGAAGGAGAGAGGGCGCACUCACAGUGAGGCCAUGUUGUCAUCACUUGUUCAUGCUUUCCGCCAAUCUUCAGUGAAAACCCUCAGAAGGACACCAGUGUGUGGAUCACAACGCCCCAACACGACUCAUCUCUGGUCCCUACAUCCUCCCUGUUUCAUCUCUGCUUCCUCUUUUCUGUUUAUUUCCUCUUCAUUUUAGCACAUCCUGCCUUUGCUGUUUUUGUUCCGCCUCCCCCCCCCCCCCCCUUUUUUUCCUUUUUCUCUCGUCUAUAGUUAGCUCAUCUGCUACUUCCCCCCCACCCACCCACCCACCCCCUGCCAUGGCUCGUCCCACUCGUCAGGCCUCUUCUCUCUCUGCGUUUUUCCUUCUUUCCCUGCGUCUAUAAUUUUCUCUGCAUCUCUGUUUUGUUUCCGACUCAGAUGAACUCAAGGGCCAGGCCUCCCCCCUUUUUGUGGACUUAGGGUUGUGAGACAUGGCUGGGGUUUAUAUAUAUUUUUUUAGCAUUGUCGUGGUCAUUAUUAUUAUUAUUAAUAUUAUUAUUAUUAUGGAACGAUUUAAACAAACGGAGAAGAGGCGGAGUGUUGCGGUGGCACAGGACAGUGCUCGGGAGCAGCGACACAGUAAAGGAGAAGAGUCUUCCCCCUCCAUCGGUCUCCCCCCCCCCCCCCGCUUUCAUCGUCUGUCCCAUCAUCUCACCACAGCGCUCCCGCCCUCCUCCAACACUCCCUGCGAGCCUCACCCUCCUCCUCUCUGUUCAUCUGCUGUCCCCGCCCUCACAGAUAACUAUGUAUUUUAUUUAGAAAAGUUUUAUUCUUGGCAUAUACAGAAAUGAUGCAUUAUAAAUUGUUAAGCUGCCCCCAGCGUUUGAGGGGCUGCUUCUAUUUGUAUAUAUGUGUAUUUGCGGUAUCUUGAGUUUGUAUUUGUGUUCGGGAGCAUGUUGAACAGGGUGGGAAACUGACGCCAGCCAACAGCCAAAUUUUGGUGAGUUCUGGCUGCCAGUUGUGUCGAGUCGACUGGCGAGCAUCCAUCAUUUAGAGGUUGUUUUCUAAAGUUUGUUGGCUUGUGUGAUAGAAACGUAGCUGAUGGAUCUUUGGGAAGAAAAAAAAACACAAAAAAACCAUCUGCAUCAGUGGCUGGUUAGUUUCCUGCUCUAGUGUUAAAGUGUGUGUGUGUGUGCGUGCGUGUGUGUGUGUGGGAGAGCGAAACAGAUGAAUGAACGGUUGUUUUACUUGGUUUUAAUUUGAAAUCAUGAAAAUGCUUAAAAAAAACUAAAGUGACAAUAGUCAGGUUUUUCAUUGAGCUGGGCGUGUUGGGUCAUAACCACAUGACACGUCUGAUGGAAACAAUUUGUGUCUAAAAUUUUCAGAAAACUCAACAGGGGUCAAGUUUUUUAUCAGUCUGUCUGCGGACAGAUGGAAAUGUAAACAGUGUUUUUUAUUUCAAAUAAAUGAAUGUUGAAUUAAUUUUAAGGUAUGUUACUUUUCAUCACCUCGUGCAUCAUGCUGGGUUUUUUACUGAAUUUCUCUUGCGCACAUUCUAAAUUUACACACCUAGAAACACUAAAAGCAUCUUAUUUCAGCUUUCACGAGUCUAUAAAUGUCUGAGCGUGAUGACAUCACAUCAGUUUUGACACAAGACAGAACAGCACAACAGCACAUCUCAUCUGAACUUCACCUCAGUCGAGGAAGACCUGACUAUUGUGAAAGUUUGGACUCAAAGCCUGGGGAUGAGGGAAGACGUACUGUGGUUAGUUUCAUAUGUAGUUACAGAUGAAGGCUUCUCUGGGUGGACGGUAAAGUGUGUGUGUAUGUGUGCGUGUGUGUCAUCAUCACAUAAUAAAGUCUGUUUGGACCUAGGGAGGGGAGAAAAUCAGUUAUGCCCUUCAGAAAUCAAAAAACGGAAUUAGAAAUUAAAGCUAACCCAUAGGAUGUUUUUACUGUCACCAUUUGGUCCCAGACAGUCUUACAGUCUUUUUUUUAUUAUUGUCCUUCCACUUUUUGUGGUGCUUGUCAGUUAAUAUCUAAUGUAUACUGGAAAAAAAGUGUGAGUGAUCGCACGGCAGGAAGUCGGACGGACGACGCAGUUUGCUGGCUUUUUGUUUUGUUUUUUUACUUUUUUAUGCUAUCUGGCCGUGCAUGUUAAGUGUACAGUGUAUCAUUUCUCAGACUGCAUUGACAGGGCUACUGCAGUUUUGAGUCUCUGCUGGCCGACAGACACCGAGGCACUGGACCUAUGAGCUCGCCUACAAAGAGCAGCGUGAGUGGGCGGGACAAAGGCUGCAGGUCAGAAAGACUGCGAUUGGUCAGCUGUGACUGACUCACAAAAGGCUGAUUAUUUUGACCUGAUUGCUGUCAGGUUGGGACGUCUAGGACAUCUUGGAACCACAGCCCCCUUUCACCUCUUCAUGGACAUGACAAGAAAAUAUAUAGAUUUAUAUACAUAUAUAUACAUAUAUAUGUGUGUAUAUGUACAUACAUAAAUAACUGAUGACGAUCAUGGUGAUAACAAAAAUGUUUGUUUUGUUUUGUUUUUUAUAGAAAAUGGAUUUCUUUUUACCCCCUUGUUUGUAUUUUUUUCUUUAGUGCUUUAGUUUUUUUUAAUUUUAUUUUUUUCUUUCCACCUCUUCUCCCCUCCAGCAGAGGACUCCAGCUCUGUUGGUGCAUUGAUAUUACGGCUGAAUGGAUUCUGUAUAGAAAAAUGGUGAAUAAAUAAAUUAAGAACUGUGUAGUGAAACAUGAAUCCUGAAGCGCUUGAUCUAAAACACUUUGUCUCCUUUUAACCCCCUUCCUCUGCCCUCUCCCCUUCUUUCCCUCCUCGUUCAGGAUUCUGCUGUAAAUAAACAUGACUCUAACUGUAA